AUGUCACUUUCCAAGCAGCCGGUAACAUGGACCAACGACGAAUAUUUUAUAUCCACCGACAAAGAUCUCGUCUCGCUGUCUGCUCUGAACUCUGCGUUUGAUUCAGAAAUGCUCUACUGGUCGAAGCCUUAUCCAGACGAUAUCCUACAAGAAAUCAUAAACAAUUCCUUUUGUUUUGGGCUAUACAAAAUGACAAACAACACAAUGACCAAAGAUCCCAAUUCAAAAACAGAUAAAGUCCCUCAAAAACACGAACAAAUCGGGUUUGCCCGUCUAAUAACCGACUACGUGACUUUCGCAUACUUGACCGACUUCUAUGUCUUGCCCGAGUAUCAGGGGAGGGGAUUUGGGGGCUGGUUGAUUGACUGUGUCGACGAAGUGGUGAAACCUUUGCCACAUCUCAGAUGGAUUAUGCUUCGGACCUCUUCGAUUCGCGACGCAGAUAAUUAUCGUCGAUCCAAAAAUUUAACUACCCACAGGAUCACUGGAACUGUUAUUCCUGCAGCGAACUCUUCGCCCGAACAUGCUGAUAAGCUGCGGGAUUUGCGAAACACAACGCCUGGUACUACACUGGCUGUGAUCCUCAGUAAUACUUUUAGUGAUGAUCCUACAAAAUGGGACCAUGAAUAUCAGUUCAAGGAGGAGAACACGGAUACCUCGGAGGAGAGGUGUGCCGAGCCAUCGGGAGAUAUCUUCCAGUCACAGCAUUCAAGCGAGACCUGGAAGACCCCUAACGUGUCAGCACUCGCCACCAUGGUACCCGAUACCUCUUUGGAGCAGUCUCCCUCAAACAGCAACAUUCAUCAAUGGCUCAACCAGCUGUACACUGCUUCGCGAGUAUUCGAGAUUGGCGAGCUUUUGACUAACUCGGCAAGGAGACAGAAAUGCUCGUCGGCGGAAGUCCUCGACCAGACCUGCCAGAGCACUUGGGCGAUGCAUCAGCAUCUCCGGCAGAAGCUUGCAGUCACAGACGAACGAGUACUCCAGGCUUACUGUUCAUACGUGGACGAGAUGGCAGGCUACCACAUCGCGGAUCCUCGCUAUUGGCUGGGUGAGAUAGGCCUGGCUAUCAAGGAUGGGAUAUUGCUUACGAAAUCCUAA